AUGAAGCAUCUGGUGCUACAGAACAUAAAGCAGCUCCCUUCACCUAGCAGACUGCCGGCCUUCCUCAGACUCAGCAGCUGCCCCUCUGUACGAAGCCUGCACCAUCAGACUUUACACCCAGAAUGGGCAGCUCUAGCCAAGAAACAGCUGAAAGGGAAGGACCCAGAGAGCCUGAGAUGGCAUACACCCGAGGGCAUCGUGAUAAAGCCUCUAUACACCAAGAGAGACACAGUAGAUACACCGGAGGAGCUACCUGGAGUCAAACCCUUCACCCGCGGUCCGUACCCCACUAUGUACACGCACAGACCCUGGACUAUACGACAGUACGCUGGGUUCAGCACAGUGGAGGAGAGCAACAAGUUCUAUAGGGACAACAUUAAAGCUGGUCAGCAGGGCUUGUCUGUUGCGUUUGACCUGGCCACCCAUCGAGGCUAUGACUCUGACAACCCUCGAGUUCAUGGAGAUGUCGGCAUGGCGGGGGUGGCGAUUGACUCAGUGGAGGACACUAAGAUGCUGUUCGAUGGCAUUCCUCUGGAGAAGAUGUCUGUCUCUAUGACCAUGAAUGGUGCCGUCAUACCCAUCCUGGCCAUGUUCAUAGUCACUGGUCAGGAGCAGGGCGUUCCUCUGGAGAAGCUGACCGGGACCAUACAGAAUGACAUCCUAAAGGAGUUUAUGGUUAGGAAUACAUAUAUAUUUCCUCCAGAGCCUUCCAUGCAAAUCAUUGCUGAUAUCUUCCAGUACACAUCUCAGUACAUGCCAAAAUUUAACUCCAUCUCCAUCAGUGGGUACCACAUGCAGGAAGCAGGAGCAGAUGCUGUCUUGGAACUGGCAUAUACAGUAGCUGAUGGGUUGGAGUAUUGCAGAACUGGGCUGAAAGCUGGCCUGACCAUUGAUGAAUUUGCACCCAGACUAUCCUUCUUUUGGGGCAUCGGGAUGAAUUUUUAUAUGGAAAUCGCAAAGAUGAGAGCAGGGCGACGUCUGUGGGCGUAUCUGAUCGAGAAGCAUUUCCAGCCUAAAGAUCAGAAAUCCCUCUUACUGCGAGCUCACUGCCAGACUUCUGGCUGGUCCCUAACCGAACAGGAUCCUUAUAACAACGUAAUCCGCACUGUGAUUGAAGCCAUGGCCGCAGUGUUUGGAGGCACUCAGUCGCUGCACACCAACUCCUUUGAUGAGGCGCUAGGAUUGCCUACCGUGAAGAGUGCCAGAAUAGCCCGGAACACCCAGAUUAUCAUCCAAGAAGAGUCUGGAAUCCCUAAAGUGGCCGAUCCCUGGGGAGGUUCCUACAUGAUGGAGUGUGUAACGGAGGACGUUUACCAAGCUGCUCUAAAGCUUAUUGAGGAGAUAGAAGAAAUGGGUGGCAUGGCCAGAGCUGUGGCUGAGGGAAUCCCCAAGCUCCGCAUUGAGGAGUGCGCAGCCCGGAGGCAGGCUCGAAUUGACUCAGGUUCUGAGGUCAUUGUUGGGGUGAAUAAGUACCAGUUGGAAAAGGAAGAGUCCGUGGAGGUCCUUGCUAUUGAUAACACCUCUGUCCGCAACCGGCAAAUUGAGAAGCUCAAAAAGGUAUGUAAUAAUGGAGCACAACAGGUAAUGAUACUAAAUCUCCAGCCUAAUAACAAAAAGGCCUGA